AAAAAGAAAAAGAAAAAAAAAACUUGCUUAUCUUUCCCUGUCCCCUGCCUUUUCCACCCCUCUCUAUAAACAACAAUUCUUCCUUCCCUCCUCCUCGCUGCUUCACUUCAGUCGUUACUUCACUCACAGUGCCGUGAAGAAGCAGCAGAGACCAACAACCAUGGACAGCCACAGAAACUCUCUUCUCACCUGGGCUUACUUCUGCCAUGGAAAGAGCAUGGAAGAACUGAAGCACUCACUUCUCUACACGACCCUGGAGCUCGAGCAAACCCGGAUUGCAGCCCAGGAGGAGCUCAAGAAGCGAGACGACCAGCUGAUUCAGCUCAAGGAGUUUCUCGGGAAAGCAAUACGCGAAAGAGACGACGCCCAGGAGAAAUACCAGAGGGUUCUGCUCGAGAACCUCUUGCUCCAUCAACACCAAAAUACUCCUCCUUUGUCGGGAAUUUCCUGCAUUGAAGACGAACCCAGAAGAGGAAUCGACUCCAACAACAAUGGGUUUUCGUCUUCGGAUUGUGAAGAGAGUAUCGUUUCCUCACCUGUUCUCGACCCAAUUCCGCCUCCGCCGCCGCGAGCGGAGGAAGCAGGGGAGGUUUUACUGCCGGAGCCGGAGAAGCCGUUGCCGGAAAAGGGGAAGCUUUUGCAGGCGGUGAUGAAAGCAGGGCCGUUGUUACAGACUCUGCUUCUAGCAGGGCCGCUUCCUCAAUGGAGGCACCCGCCGCCGGCGAUGGAGUCGUUUGAGAUACCGCCGGUGACUAUCCCUUCGCCGCCGGCGCCUUUCCCGGCGACUACUCCGCCACAGGACUACUCUUUACUCGGAAUCGGGAACGGGUUCUGCAGCAGGAAGAGGGUUGUUCCCGACGGUGGAUUCUGUGAGUCCCCAACUGAAACUAAGUUCCACCGAGUAGUUCUCCAUUAACAUCACAUCACACCAGAAAAAAAGCUAUAUACUAGUUUCUUCUUUCUUCCUUCCUUUUAGAUCCAAGGUCUCACAAAUCCAAAGACUCUUACUUUACUCCCAAGUUUUACCACUAAAGCCUUAGAGGGGACUUAAUUCUGAGGGACUGAUAUAGUAUGGCAAAGGAGCAAGCAGCCAUUUUUGUACAUAGAGUGGGUUUGUUCUGUCUAGCUUCCUUCCUUCCAAAGUUCCACUUUUGAUGAGAAGUGGAAGAUGGAGGCAGAGUAGUACUAUUGAUAGUAGUGUUGGAGAAGACAAAGCUUGAGUUUUUGGGUCUUUUUUUACUUUCCCUCAUUGAAGGGCUGGGGAAAUUGUUAGUUAUGGGGGAGGUUUUGACAUACAAAUCUUCUCCUCCUUGAAAUAUUGCUAAGGAGUUUUGAGAUGUGACGAAGACACCUUUGUGGAAGGCUAAGUGCAGCAAAGGAUGAUUGAUUACAAUGUAGCAAGUAUUGUUUUUGAUUGUUCUUGAGUUCCUGUUUGUUUGCUUCUUUCUUUUCUGUUGUUGAUCUGAGAAUCCAAGGUGGGAAUGGUGGAUGUGGUUGAGAAGUUGGUGGUGGUAAAGUUGGAAGGAGAGGUAAAGGUUGAGAAGAAGGCCAACUAACUACCAGUAAAGAGAGAAAGAGAGAGGUCACGUAGACUUUUUCCUUUUAGGUAGAGAGAGUGGAUCCCCACAAAUCCCAUUUCAGGAUCUACUGCUCUUUUUCUUCUUUCAUCUUCUUCUGCAGCUGCUAGUGUCACUGUCACUGUUCAUGGCGGUGGUGGUGGUGGUGAUGAUGAUGUAUGGUUAGUGUGAUAAUGGAGAUUAGUGAUCACUAAUUCACUAUUUGAGUAGACAAACUUGUGCUGUUCUUAUGGUAAUUUUCAAAGGAAAAGGGAGAAUUAUGUUUUGGG